AUGUCGCCACGCCUACCAGGGAAGCUGCUUCAGCUUUCCUCGUCCCUAUGGGAAACUCAAUUGACUGUCCCCCGGAUUUCUAUGCGAAAUUUCGGCAUCAAAUCCCUCAACACUCCCAAACCCAGCCGCUUCAACAUCGGUCCCGGCCUGCCCGUCCUUGAGUCGACAUCGACUGCAGCUCUGCGCCGCAAGGCAAACUCCCUCCCACUACGGACCGGUGUUAUUGCGACCAAAAAGGGCAUGACCGCGAUGUUCGACCCAGAAACCGGAAAACGCACCCCCUGUACCGUGUUACAAAUGGACCGCGUCGAGGUCGUCUCGCAUAAGACUCGUCAAAAGCAUGGCUACUAUGCUGUGCAGAUUGGUUCAGGCUGGAAGCACCCCAGCAAUGUUACCAAAUCACUCCUAGGCCAUUUCUCAGCCAAUGGUCUUUCGCCCAAACGCCAUGUCUUCGAGUUCCGGGUCAAGGAUGAGGCCGGCCUCCUCCCCGUUGGUCAGAGUGUCAGUGCCAGUUGGUUCCAGGAAGGCCAGUUCGUGGACGCUCGCUCCAAUACCAAGGGUAAAGGAUUUGCUGGUGUUAUGAAGCGCCACGGUUUCCAUGGUCAGGACCGUAGUCACGGUGUCAGUUUGACUCACCGUUCGAUGGGUUCUGCUGGUCCCAGUCAGGGUGGUGGUUCUCGUGUGUACCCAGGAAAGAAGAUGGCUGGAAAUAUGGGUAACAACCAAAAUACCGUUCAGAACCUGAAGAUCAUGAAGGUUGAUGCCGAAGCUGGAAUCGUGGUCGUGAGCGGUGCUGUCAGUGGUCCUAAGGGAUGCAAUGUAAGAAUUCAGGAUGCGAUCAAGAAGCCAUGGCCCGAGGUUGCCCCAGCUGAAUCCGCAGCCACUGCUUAA